CGCUCUUCUCGUCUGUCUUCACGUGGAUGAAGGUUCGGUGUCACAUAAAUUUCGCAAAUUAAUUGGUAAAUCAAUCAUAUACUUUGCAAAUAGUGAAUGCCACCCGGUUUCUCGUUGCUAAAGUUAGUUAGAAGGGCAACAAUAAAACCACUCCUCCUUUUCCCACGAAAUAGAAAGUCCUGUCAGUUUUUUGGAAACAAGAAAUUCGCCGCAAAAAUGGAAGUCGACCCUGUCGCGAAACAGCGUAAAAUCUCGUCGGAAUCCAACGUCCGAGUGAUUGGGACGCAUAGCGGGUGCUUCCACUGCGACGAGGUCCUGGCCGUCGUCAUGCUUAAGUUUUUACCAGAGUGGAAAAACGCGCAGAUUGUGCGAACUAGGGACGAAGAAAUUCUAAAAACUUGCGACAUCGUUGUCGACGUUGGUGGCGUCUUCAAUCCGGAAACGAAACGAUUCGACCAUCAUCAAAAAACUUUUACCCACUCAAUGUCCACCGUUCGACCUGGAACACCUUGGGUCACCAAAUUGAGCUCGGCUGGUCUCGUUUACGCCCAUUUUGGGGAAGACAUCAUCGCCCACAUUCUCGAUAAGGGGCGGGAGGACGAAGUCGUGGUGAAACUUUUUGAUAAGGUCUACACCAAUUUUAUCGAAGAGAUUGACGCGAUUGAUAACGGGGUCGCGGUGAGCGAUGGGGAAUUGAAAUAUCGAAUCACGACAACGUUAAGUGGUCGAGUGGGCGGACUAAACUCGUCCUGGCGUGACCCAGAUCCUUCAGAGGAGAAGGACAUGGUCAACUUCCACAAAGCGAUGGAACUCGUCCGCUCCGAAUUUUUGACCAAAGUCCAUUUCUACGCCAACGACUGGUGGGAGGCGUACUCCAUCGUGGCGGCGGCAGUGGAGGCACGAUUCGAGGUCGACUCUUCCGGCCUGAUAGUUGAAUUUCCACAGGGCGGCGUCCCCUGGAAGGAUCACUUGAAAGAUAUCGAGGACACGACCGGUGUUAUGAUUGCAUUCGUAAUUUAUCAAGACGGGUCAGGCAUGUGGCGUAUUCAGGCCGUUCCAGUCGCGCCAGCUUCGUUCACCUCAAGGGUGCCCCUCCACCCAGCCUGGUGCGGUCUGCGAAACAAAGAACUCGAAGAAAUCAGUAAAAUCCCGACCAUAAAAUUUGUCCACAGUUCAGGCUUCAUCGGAGGAGCGUCUGAUCGGGGGGAUGCCAUUCAAAUGGCAAAAUUAUCCCUGGCAGCCAAAGGCGAGUGGAAUGGGGAUUAAUGAUAAGCGACACAUUCAAUUUGAUUUCUGAUAUACAAGAUUUAUUUAAAGUUUUGAAAUAAAUUGUAUAAACAACUACA